AUGAUGGUUCUGGGUAAAACUUUCGCGACAAUUUUCUGUUUAUUUCAAGCUGUUUCAGGAGAAAGUGGCAAUGCACAGAACGGAGACGUAGAAGAUGCGGAAGGGGAUGAAUACUCUUUCUGGUGCUACAGCCAGUUGGAAGUGAAUGGAAGCCAGCAUUCUCUGACUUGUGCUUUUGAUGACCCAGACAUCAACAGCACCAACCUAGAACUACAGAUAUGCGGGGCUCUUUUACAGAAGGAUUGCCUAACUCUUAAUAAGCUGCAAGAUAAAUAUUUCAUAAAGACAAAAGAAUUCCUACUGAUUGGUGUGAGCAAUAUAUGUGUGAAGCUUGGAAAAAGGAAUUUAAUUUGCAAAAAUAUGGACAUAGCCAUGAUAGUUAAACCUGAAGCCCCUUUUGGCCUAGAAGUAGUUUAUCGAAAAGAAGCAAGCGACUUUUUGGUGACCUUUAAUACAUCUCACUCAAACAAGAUGUAUGUAAAACAGUUAAUGCAUGACAUGGCCUACCGCCCAGAAAAGGGUGAAAAUAACUGGACGCAUGUCAAUUUAUUGAACACGAGAACAACAAUCCUAGAGCGAAAGCUACAACCUAAGACCAUGUAUGAAAUCAAAGUCCGAUCCAUCCCCAAUACCAGAUACUUCAAAGGCUUCUGGAGUGACUGGAGUCCAAGUUCUACCUUCAAAACGCCAGAGCCUGGGAGUCCAGGACGAUGGGAUCCUGUUUUGCCAAGUAUCAGCAUUCUGAGUUUUUUCUCUGUGGUUUUGUUGGUCAUCUUAGCCUGUGUGCUAUGGAAAAAGAGGAUUAAACCUAUCGUAUGGCCCAGUCUCCCUGAUCAUAAGAAAACUCUGGAACAACUAUGUAAGAAACCAAAAAAGAAUUUGAAUGUGAGUUUCAAUCCUGAAAGUUUUCUGGACUGUCAGAUUCAUGAGGUGAAUGGCAUUCAAUCCAGAGAUGAAGUAGAAACAUUUCUGCAAAGUGGCAAUCCUCCACAGCCUGAUUCUCCCCCUGAGGAGCUGGAGAAGCAGGGUCAUGGCGCAGCUAUGCACAGCCCAAACCAGCUGUCGGAGAUUUCAGUCAGCACACCAGAAACUUUCAGAAGAGAGUCACCCCCGAGACUCUUGGAGAGAAAUCCGAGUACAUGCACCACUCCUCCCUUCCUCUCCUCUCUGUCCCCUGACUACAGAGAUGGUGACAGGAAUGGGCCUCCUGUGUACCAAGACUUGCUGACAAGCUCUGGGAACACAAAUGGUACCCUCCCUCAGGCGUUUCCUCUCCAGUCAGGAAUCCUGAUGCCAGUUUCUCAGAGACAGCCCAUCCCCACUUCCUCAGUGCUGAAUCAAGAAGAAGCAUAUGUCACCAUGUCUAGUUUUUACCAAAAUAAGUGA